AUGGGAAAGAUCGAGAUCACCGUGGUGGAGGCCCGAGGCUUAGAAAAUAAGCAGUUAGUGGGUGUCCCAGAUCCAUUUGUACGUAUUAUUUGUAAUGACAAGAAGUAUAAAACGGCUUCCGCCAAGGACACCCUUAACCCGGUGUGGAACGAGACCUUUCGCUUUCAGAUCGCUGAUGAGCACAGCGAGCAGAUUCAGCUGGAGGUGUGGAACAAAGGGAUCUUCAGCGAUAGUCAUUUGGGAUACUACGACAUCUCGCUCUCUGGACUGACCCAAGGCAUUGUGAAGGAUGAGUGGUAUAUCCUCGAAAAGUCCAAAACCCUUGCCGAGAUUCGGCUACGAAUGUUGGCAGUGGACUUUGGUAUUCGGCCGACUUUCGGAAACGAGUGGAUGGUCACGACAGAUAUCAACCACGAUCCCGUACAGCAUGCCAUCGAGAGCGAGACGUGGCAUCCAGGCGAAGAGAACCCACCGGCCCAAUCCGAUCCCUAUCCCUCGGCCUUUCCGAUGGGGAACACUACACACCCGCCUCAAUAUCCUUGUCCGCCGAUGCUCCAGCCUUCGUCCGAUCCAUUCGCGCCGCCAUUUCCGCCCGGGCAGCCCUUCCCCCCCGGGGCGCCUUUCCCACCCGGGACGUCCUUCCCUCCCGGGCCGCCCUUCCCCCCUGGGCCGCCUUUCCCACCCGGGUCGCCCUUCCCGCCCGCGCCGCAUUCUCAGAACCCGGCCUGUGGUGGGGUCCCGCCCCCGAUGAACUUCCCCACGCCUUCUCAGCCUGGGUACCGGUAUUGA